AUGUUUGCCUACACUGACCUCGCUCCCAUCUUCGAUCCCGUGAAGAACAAAACGCUGAUCGGAAUAAUUUACAACGAUAAUGAAGAUGCCAUCAAACCUGUUGUUAUGAUAGCAGGUUUUAUUGUGACUGCAGGUUCUUACCUCUGCGUCUCCGUGUUCUCAGCCCUCCUAAUUUACGCACUUAUUCAGCGUCGCCGGAAGUGGAAGUGUUCCAAAAAUAUGAGCACGUCAAAAGGAAACACACCGACACAGAACAAGGACAUUCAAGUAGCCAAAAUGAUAUUGCUCGUCGCUGCAGUGUUCCUCAUUGGCUUCAUUCCCCUUGGCGCCGUGUUUCUGGUCAUGGAAUUAGUACCAGGAUUCUACAUUGGUAAAGCUUAUGAGAACGAAAAUAUUGUCUGUGUGUCUGUUCUCCAGAUCGUACAAGGUAUCAACAGCUCUAUAAACAUUUUGCUGUACAUCAAAAUGAGUUCAAAAUACAGGCGUACCAUCAGGGCUUUGUUUCGUUCCCUGAAGCAAAUGGAACCCAACCUUGAUUAA